AUGGAAGUUCUAAAAUUCUUUUUUCUGUUUUUGAUGGUGCAAGCCUGCCAGGGUGAAAACCAACAAAGGUUCAUCGAAACGUUCUACUUGGUUGAGAAUCGAGCCUUACUGAAUCACGGGUUUCAGAUCAAGACUGUAUCUUCUCCUGUGAUCUGUGGGCGAGACUGCUCUAUGGAUCCACAGUGUGUGUCUUUCAACUACCAAACAGAUACCAAGGUUUGUGAGUUUAACAGUAUCACAAGAGAAAGCAGCCCUGAUGACUUUAUCGAAUCGCAAGGAAGUGUCUACUAUGAUAACAAAGUGGACACUCUUUCAUUCGCCAUUCCGAAUAAGAAGUAUAGCAGUUGUUUGAAGCUCUAUCAAGCCGGUUACCGUGACAAUGGCGUAUACAAAAUCUACCCCACAAGUCUGACUGAUGGGUUUAAGGUCUACUGUGAUAUGGAGACAGAUGGAGGAGGCUGGAUUGUGUUCCAGAGGAGACAAGAUGGAACUGUUGACUUUUACCGUACCUGGGCUGAUUACCAAUCUGGGUUUGGUGAUCUUCAGAAUGAGUUCUGGUUGGGGAAUGAUAUCCUGCGUAACCUGACUGAAUCGGGUCAAUGGGAGCUCAGAGUAGAUAUGGAAGAGUGGGAGUUGAUUACGAAAUGGGCUUCUUAUGGUGAGUUUGCUGUUACAGGUGACAAGUACACUCUUCAUGUUGGUUCAUAUGAUGCUCAGAGUACAGCCAGCAAUCAGAUGCCUUACCAUAGUGGGUGUCCAUUUUCAACAAAAGACAAGGAAAAUGAUUCAAACCAAUCAGACAACUGUGCUGUGCAGUUUGAAGGGGCGUGGUGGUUUAAUGACUGCUUUUGGGCUCAUCUGAACGGUAAAUACUAUCAGGAAAAAGAGGAGACAAAUAUUCAGGGAAUACAAUGGGGCAAGACAGCAGAAGGGAAUUAUUACUCCCUCAUGAAAUGCAGCAUGAAAAUACGGCAAGUCGUCGAAUAA